AUGGCAGAUUCCAGUCAAUUGGACCUCAAAGAAGUAUAUGAAUUCGCCAUUGAUGUGGCAGAAAGAGCUGGUAAGAUGUUGGUGGAAGCAUCAAAAAAUAGAACUGCAGAUGAAAAUAUAAGAUUGAAGAAGAAUACCGUAGACAUAGUCACAGAGACCGAUGAAAGGGUAGAGAAGUUUAUCAAACGUGAAAUUAAUGCUAAGUAUCCACAUCAUAAGUUCAUUGGAGAAGAAACAUAUUCCGCGGGGCAAACAAAGAAAUAUCUUGUCGAUGAUGAUCCAACAUGGAUUGUAGAUCCUUUAGAUGGAACAGUGAAUUACGUUCACUUAUUUCCUAUGAUGUGUGUAUCGAUUGGUUUUGCUGUUGAAGGAAAAGCGGUUGUAGGUGUUGUGCAUGCUCCAUUUUUGAACCAGACGUAUUCUGCAUACCCAGGAGGUGGUGCAUGGCUUAACAAGGAGGUUAAACUCCCAUUACAGAAUCUUCCAUUGCCUGAAAAUGCGCCAAAGGGAUGUAUAUUCCUGUGUGAAUGGGGAAAAGAUAGAAGAUAUGCUCCAGGACUGAACCUUCAACGUAAGGUUGAUUCGUUCAUCAAUAUGGCUACUGAUUAUUGUCAUGGAGUCAGAAGUUUGGGAAGCGCUAGUUUAGAUUUGUGCUUUGUUGCAACUGGAGCAUUCGACAUUUGGUGGGAAGGUGGAUGCUGGGAAUGGGACGUGGCCGGCGCAGUGGCCAUCUUAAAUGAAGCAAAAGGUUUAAUUACUACUGGAAAUCCACCCGAAAACCCUGAUGUAAUUCCUGAGGUUGCAUUGGGUUCAAGAUUAUACUUGGCUAUAAGACCAUGUCAAGGCACUGAUGCUGAAACUCCUAGAGAAAGUCAGGAAAGAGUUGUUCGUCAAAUAUGGAAAAGAGUAAAUACUUUGGACUAUGUUCGUCCAUAA